AUGUAUGCCAAGUGUGGAGAGAUUACUGUAGCCAGAGAAGUCUUCGAUGCACUUCCCGAGAGAAAUGUCUUAACCUUGUCUGCGAUGAUUUCUGACCAUGCACGGAAAAAUCAGAGUGAAGAGGAUCUGAGACUGCUCGAGAAGAUGGCUGCCCAAGAUGAUAACAAGACUAAUGAGAUCACCGUAAUGGCUGUGCUUUCAGCUUGCGCUCAAACUGGGGAUUUGUCGCUAGGAAGUGCACUUGCCCUUCAUGGCUUUGGUGAAAAAGCCUUGGCUCAAUUUUCUCGGAUGCAGCAGAGUGGAAUUCAGCCGGAUGAUAUCACCUUCAUUGGAGUGUUGUCAGCUUGUAGCCACGGAAGCUUGGUAAAAGAAGGAUUCGAUCAUUUCCAAAACAUGAAAGGAAGGUAUGGAACUACCCCAAAGUUGGAGCACAAUGGUUGCACGACUGAUCUCCUUAGCAGAGCUGGGAUGCUGGAAGAAGCUGAAAUAUUUAUCAGAGAGAUGCCAAUGAAACCAAAUGGGGCAGCUAAAUCGCUUCUGGAGAUGGAACCAAACAAUGAUAGUGCCUAUGUGCCUCUAUCAAAUAUUUUUGCUAGGAGGAAGCAAUGGGAAGGAUUGAGUCGAGUAAGGAGCUUGAUGCACCAAAGAGGUAUUAGGACAAUACCAGGUUGCAGCUCAAUUGUGGUCAAUGGGGUUAACCAUGAGUUUGCCAUUGGAGAUCGUUCUCACCAUGAAUCAGAGGACAUAUAUACAAUGCUGAACCAUGUUCACAACAGAUUGAGAGCUAUCGGUUGUGCAGCGGACGCAUUAGAAGUGCUGCUAAAUAUCGAUGAGGAAGAAAAGGAAAGCUUGCUUUCUUAG